GGCUGUCGAGUCUUUCAGUCUUUGGCCGACAGUCGAGCCGGUCGCGACUACAGCAGCAGGGCCUCCUAGCUUCCUCCCGCACGCUCCCUCUUGUGAUAUAGAAAACACUGGCCCACCCACUAGCACUGGGAGAAAGAACAAGAGUCAACGUGUGUGUCAGCGUGUGUGUGCGGUAGAGCUAGGCGGAGAAAAGAUCCAAAAAGAGAAAGAAACGCCCGAGUGCUACUACUAGUAGUACUGCAUAUAGACAAGACGACUAUCUAGAGUGUGCGGCAGUUGAGUUGAGUUAGUGGGCAGCAGCUGUAGGGGGACACUCGACACUCGCAGUCGCUCCUCAGCGCUCCUUUUCUUGGACAACAAACAAACCAAACAGCACACAAACGCCCCAGCAUCAGCUCCUUACACCUCCAUAGCGACGACAAAACACUUUUCAUUUUUUCCCAAAGGUGCUACCAACGGUUGGACAGUUUAAAAAAAAAGAAUUAAGUGUUUCCUACCUGGACCGGACAUUACCGAAAGCUGAGGAUAUUAUUAUUGAGUGACUGGACUCUUGUUAUUACAAUCAAAAUCGACUGAUGGAUUCAUCGCUUAGUGUUGCAUCCGAUUGAUGAACAAUCCCCAAUCAUCGCCGUGUCAACAUUUGUGUCUGGCAGACGAGUUUUCCAUUGUCAACCCGAAAUCAACCCCCAAAAAAAUUCUACGAAAACGGAACCGUUUGCAAUCACAUCCGCCAGUCCAGUCAACUCACGACCAUGUCUCCAACCGGAAGGAAAAAUCACCCGUGGCUAUCGCUGGCCACUUGUUACCUGCUGAUGGCAUCGACGGCCAUCUUCGUGGCAGCUCAACACGAACCUGAUCGACCUCUCGAUCAAGAACAGGUUAUAUCGGAUCUGCGCCAACUGUUGGAUUUGCAAUUCGAUCUGACCAACAACGGGAGCGCCGAAAUCUCGCCCGUCAAUUUAAUGAAGCGGAUGUCCAAUUUGAGGCAACUGCGCGAUCCGCACACGAUGAACCGGUUGGCUCAGAUGGCCAGGCAACGGCCGCCGCCUCCGCCGCCGUUCGCCAUCCAGCAGCCCGGCCGCUUCAACAAUUUCCGCUACCCGCCGACGCCAUCAACUUUCAUGGGCGCCCCUCCGCCGCCACCCAAUUUCCAGCCGGCCAAACAGCAGCCGGACCAUCACCCCAAUCUUUACCUGGGAGUUGACGGCCAUCUCCAGUCACCUCGCAACAACGAACUGUCGGAGAGCAACCGGCGGAUCUUCUUUGGCGACUCCAAGAUUUGCUACACGGAUUCGUGCGAAUUCUUCCUGCUGUGCUGGCUGACGGGCGGUCUGAUCCAGAAGAGCUGCGGAGGGUUCCUGUUCGCCUGCUGCCACCGGCCGGGCAUCAGUCCGGAGCCGCCCACGCCCUACGUCGACUCACUCGAACAUCCCGUCGUGUCGUACGGACCCGUCAGAAGCGACGCCCAAUGCGGGACGACGCUGCAGCGGACAGACACUGCUCAAAGGCGAAUCGUCGGCGGAGACGAGGCCGGUUUCGGUACUUUUCCCUGGCAGGCGUACAUUCGGAUCGGAUCGAGUCGUUGCGGUGGCUCUUUGCUCAACAAUUAUUACGUCGUCACGGCCGGCCAUUGCGUCGCCAGGGCGAAAGCGGAACAAGUCAAGAUCACGCUAGGCGAGUAUUCGCUCAAUUCUGACGUCGAGCCGCUGUCGCCCGUCCAGGUGGGCGUCGCCGAGAUUCACGUCCACCCGUAUUUCAAAUUCACGCCGCAAGCCGAUCGCUACGACGUGGCCGUCCUCCGACUGGACCGCUACGUCCCCUACGAGCCGCACAUUUCGCCCAUUUGUCUGCCGGAGAAGGGCGACGACUUCCUGGGCGAAUACGCCUGGGCAGCCGGAUGGGGAGCCAUGCAAGCAGGUUCCCGCGUUCGACCCAAGACGCUGCAGGUGGUAGACGUGCCCAUCAUCGACAACCGACAGUGCGAGGACUGGCACUCGUCCAAGGGCAUCAACGUCAUCAUCUACGACGAGAUGAUGUGCGCCGGAUAUCGCAACGGAGGCAAAGAUUCCUGCCAGGGAGAUUCGGGUGGUCCGUUGAUGUUGCAGCAGAGCGGACGCUGGGAAUUGGUGGGCAUCGUCUCGGCCGGUUAUUCAUGCGCCCAAAACGGCCAGCCGGGCAUCUACCAUCGAGUGUCGUACACCACCGAUUGGAUUUCGCACAUUGCCUUCUCUUAAUCUCCGACAAGGACCAUCAUUUCUCUUGACGGGAUCAAAUUUAAAUAGAGAAACAAACAAACAAAAGAGUGUAGCAUAU